AUUUGUCGCAGGUUGUAGGGAAAAAUGUACAUUCAGAUGACAAACGGAGUUCCUCCACCGACGCUGGAGCAAAAUUCUUUCGAUCACCGGGUUGAAGUGCUUGAGAGGCAGAAAGAGAUCGACGAUUGGCUUCCGAUUACUUCAUCGAGAAACGCAAAAUGGUGGAAUUCUGCGUUUCACAAUGUGACCGCCAUGGUCGGGGCCGGCGUUCUUGGUCUCCCUUACUCCAUGGCCCAGCUCGGAUGGGGUCCGGGCGUGGCAAUACUGAUACUAUCAUGGAUAAUAACACUCUACACGUUGUGGCAAAUGGUAGAGAUGCACGAGAUGGUUCCUGGAAAACGCUUUGACCGCUAUCACGAACUUGGCCAAUUUGCAUUCGGUGAACGUCUUGGUCUCUAUAUUAUUGUCCCUCAGCAAAUAAUUGUCGAAGUUGGAGUAUGCAUAGUUUAUAUGGUGACUGGUGGACAAUCGUUGAAGAAGUUCCAUGAACUCGUCUGUCAAGAUUGCUCACCAAUUAGACUUCCUUUCUUCAUAAUGAUAUUUGCAUCUUCUCAUUUUGUCUUGUCUCAUCUCCCAAACUUCAAUUCCAUCUCCCUUGUCUCUCUUGUUGCCGCCGUCAUGUCUCUUAGUUAUUCAACCAUUGCUUGGACCGCUACAGCUGCAAAGGGCGUUCAGGAAGAUGUUCAGUACAGCUACAAAGCAGGCACAACCGUGGACACAUUGUUAAACUUCUUUACAGGGCUUGGGGGAAUUGCAUUUUCUUAUGCAGGUCAUAGUGUGGUGCUUGAGAUCCAAGCAACGUUACCUUCUACAACAAGUAAUCCUUCUAAAGGUCCUAUGUGGAAAGGGGUCAUGGUUGCUUACGUGGUUGUGGCUUUGUGUUACUUCCCCCUUGCUUUGGUUGGCUAUGGCGUUUUUGGAAAUGAUGUAUCAGAUAAUAUAUUGAUAUCGCUCAAAACACCAGUUUGGGCCAUCGCAUUAGCUAACCUUUUCGUGGUUAUGCAUGUCAUUGGCAGUUACCAGAUAUUCGCAAUGCCGGUUUUCGACAUGGUGGAGACAUUCCUAGUCAAGAAACUUAAUUUCAAACCCUCUUCAAUUCUUCGUUUCAUUGUACGGAAUGUGUAUGUUGCAUUAACGAUGUUCAUUGCAAUAAUGAUACCCUUCUUUGGCGGUCUACUCGCUUUCUUUGGAGGAUUCGCAUUUGCUCCAACAACUUAUUUUCUUCCUUGCAUAAUGUGGCUAAUUAUCUAUAAGCCAAAGAGGUUUGGCUUGUCGUGGUGGACGAACUGGGUAUGCAUAGUACUUGGAGUUCUUUUGAUGAUCCUAUCAUCAAUCGGAGGAUUACGGCAAAUUAUCCUUGAAUCCAAAGAUUAUAGUUUCUUCUCUUGAUUUGAUUUCCCCUACUUCAUAUCCUUUUGUUGCCAAUUUCAUAGUGAGAAAUUGUCGAUUACAUAUUCAUUUUACACGUAUGUUUAAGGACACAAAUUCAAUAAU